AUGGCUCCCAAGAAGUCGAAGAAGGACCAGAACAGCAUCAACUCCAAGUUGGCGCUGGUCAUGAAGUCCGGUAAGGUCGUUUUGGGCUACAAGUCGACCCUCAAGAGCCUGCGUUCCGGCAAGGCCAAGCUCAUCCUCAUUGCUGGCAACACUCCCCCUCUCCGCAAGUCUGAGCUUGAGUACUACGCCAUGUUGUCCAAGGCCCCCGUUCACCACUUCUCCGGCACCAACAUUGAGCUCGGUACUGCCUGCGGUAAGCUCUUCCGCUGCGGCACCAUGGCCAUCAUCGAUGCCGGUGACUCCGACAUCCUCAGCGACCAGGUUGCUUAA